GGAGGUGGGCGGUGCGUGGGGCGGGGGCUGCGGGGUCGCGGCAUGGCCCGGGGGAGGCUGCUCCGCUGCCGCCCGGCCCCUUGAGCGGGCGAGGCGAGGCGGGACGGGACGCGGCUCGGGCUCCGGCUGUCCUCCGGACUCCUGGGCGCCCCCGGGGGGUGGCCAUGUCCGGAGCCAUGAAGUUCAACGGGUACCUGAAGGUGCGGAUCGGCGAGGCGGUGGGGCUGCAGCCCACCCGCUGGUCCCUCCGCCACUCGCUGUUCCGUAAGGGCUACCAGCUGCUGGAUCCCUACGUGACGAUCAGCGUGGACCAGGUGCGCGUCGGGCAGACCAGUACCAAGCAGAAGACCAACAAGCCCACGUACAACGAGGAGUUCUCCGCCACGGUGACCGACGGCCAUCAGAUCGAGCUGUCCGUCUUCCACGACACCCCCAUCGGCUACGAUGAUUUCGUGGCCAACUGCACCUUGCACUUCCAGGACCUCCUGCGCUCGGCGGGCCCCAGCGACAGCUUCGAGGGCUGGGUGGAUUUGGAACCUGAAGGUAAAGUGUUUGUCGUCAUUACUCUUACCGGCAGCUUCACAGAAGGGACCCUCCAAAGGGAUCGAAUUUUUAAGAACCUCACUCGGAAGCGCCAGCGGGCUAUGCGAAGGCGAGUGCAUCAGGUGAACGGGCACAAAUUCAUGGCUACCUACCUGCGACAGCCAACCUACUGCUCACACUGCAAGGAGUUCAUCUGGGGCGUGUUUGGGAAGCAGGGAUACCAGUGCCAAGUAUGCACCUGUGUUGUACACAAGCGCUGCCAUCAUCUAAUUGUUACAGCUUGCACGUGCCAAAACAAUACUAACAAGAACGAUCUCAAGGUGACUGAACAGAGGUUUGGCAUCAACAUUCCUCAUAAGUUCAGUGUCCACAACUACAAAGUCCCGACGUUCUGUGACCACUGCGGUUCCUUGCUCUGGGGAAUUAUGCGACAAGGCCUACAGUGUAAAAUCUGUAAAAUGAACGUCCACAUCCGAUGUCAAGCAAACGUUGCACCAAACUGUGGGGUGAACUCAGCAGAGCUUGCUAAAACCUUGGCAUGCAUGGGCCUGCAACCAGGAAGCAUUUCCCCAAAUUCGAAACUGGCUUCAAGAUCUUCUUUGAGACAUCAGGGAAAAGGCAGCUUGAAAGAUAACAAUGGGGUCAGUGAAAGUUCAGCGAGCAAACUUGGGAUCAAUGACUUGACCUUCCUUCGUGUGUUGGGAAAGGGCAGUUUUGGAAAGGUGAUGCUUGCCAAGAUGAAAGAGAGUGGGCAGCUCUAUGCAGUGAAGGUGCUGAAGAAGGACGUCAUUCUCCAAGAUGACGACGUUGAGUGCACCAUGACUGAGAAACGCAUCCUCUCCUUAGCAAGGAAUCACCCAUUCCUCACCAAGCUCUACUGUUGCUUCCAAACACCUGAUCGCCUGUUCUUUGUGAUGGAGUUCGUAAAUGGCGGGGACUUGAUGUUCCAUAUUCAGAAGUCGCGUCGCUUCGAUGAAGAUCGGGCCCGGUUCUAUGCUGCAGAAAUUAUUUCAGCCCUUAUGUUUCUCCAUGAAAGAGGCAUCAUUUAUCGCACUCUGGUUAGUAAUUUCCCAGCAUCACAGCAUCAAUCCAGUUGUUGCGUUGGCCUCUGGACCCACCUGCAUUCUGGAAAUAACAUUGAAUUGAAGAAGCUUUCAGCAUUAAUGUCAGAGAAUAUGACCCGUGAGUUAGCAUUAGGGAGGCUGAUAUUUAUAGCUGAGGAAAAGGUCCCUGUCAACCUUAAUGAAUGUUUUCUACAAUGUUUUUGAAACAAAGAUUAUGCCAACAAAAUGCUGUUGCAUCUGCUCCCUCUGGCUUGCUGAAAUGGAAGAUUUCUUGCAACACGACGUGUCGUGGUGAGUGAAGCUGCUAGAGAUGUAAGAAUGACAGUGAGGAAUCAGCUCUGCUGACAUAGUUGGCCUGCAGCAACCGCCCUGGCUUUCCAGGGAGAAUUUGAUUUGUUCUGGAACUGUAUCAGCAGCUGAUCCCGACGUUUCCUUGGUCAAUAAUCUCAAUGUCUAGAUACUGUUGUUUAUGCAUGUAGAUGCACUGUCUUUAUGAAACAGAGGGAUUUUGUGAAGUCACCCAGCAGCUUCUGAUACCAAUGGAGCAACUAAAACACCAAAGAUUCUUGUUCAAAGUCACUAGCUGCCUGUGAUGUUUACUUAAAUAAACUAGAAAUAAUAAGUGUUAUGUGGUAACGCUGCAGUAAUUACCGUCUGUUUUACAGUAAAAAAUUUCUGGGGGAAGAAAAGCCUACAAUUUUUACUUUUGUUCCAGCAAAUAACGCAAAUUUCCAAGUGAGAAGUGAUUCUGCUAGCUGGAAAUUACAGGUGUUAAGCAGCUCUGAUUCCUUUGCAGUGUUUAUCUAGCACCUUGCAGUUGGUGGCCAUAGCCUAGGCUUUGCUAACCACCUUAGGAAGAAGCAGUGGGCACUGUCACUGCUGGUUGUCAGACCUACUUGGCAUCCUGGUUGUGCCAUGGGGUAAGGAGCAUGCCUUGUGUCCGUGUUGCCCCGGGCAGGAUGGCGGGCACAACUCUGCUCCUGCCCUCUGCGUGCCAGCCAAACCGGCUCCUGGGGUUGUAACUGGCUGCUGGCACAGCACAGGAUGCAAAUUGCAAAGCCUGUUCCUGUGGAGCAAGGGGAAAGCGUUGCUCAUCAUUUGGCCUCUGAGUCAUAACAGUUUUGCUGUUGAUGGGAUCGAGAUCUUCCCGUUUAUCAGGCUGUGCCUAAAGGCACAAUUUAGCCUCAGAAUUGUAUUACCUGAUUAUUAUUCCACUAAAGCUAGUGGAGAUAUUCCAGCUGACAACAAUGGGAACAUCAGCAGGCCUUCAAGUCUCAACUGCAUACAAGGUGUGAUGUAUUCAAAACUGCGGAGAUGCACUGUCACCACCAUGCUCACUAAGCCAUGCCCCUCAGGGCCACAGUCGGAAUGCACAUGUUUGCAUCUGAACCGCUAAUGUGGCAAGGGAAGGUGUGGCACUGCGAAGUGCCCGGGCUCUGUGCCACCUUGGGGUGGGCAGCGGUGUUGUGGUGCCUUGCUGAAGUGGGUCACAGUUUCAUUUAUUGUGGGAGAGGGCUGGAGGAGGGGAUGGGUGGGAGAUUGGGCACAGCAGCGUUAGCUGCACAAGCCAGCACAGGCAACUGUCAGAUCUGUGUGGCAGAAGGGGCAGUAGGAAGCUGUCCCUUCCAACUUCAUCAUCUUUCAAAUAAGGCUGCAAGUGCUGGCGCUGUGCAGCUGCGGCACAUUGCAGCGUGCAGGCUGUGUGGGACACGCGUUAGAGGCUGAGCCGGUGCAUGGCAUUUAGCAAGCAGGCUUCGGGUUUUCUCCUCCCCUCUCUGGAUCUGGUUACAUUCCUUUUGACAUUUACCUGAGCAUGAAAAAGUAACAAGCACCAAGCAAUGUCCUGAAUCCUCAUUGACUUGUGCCUGAAAGCUGAAUUACUGGGCUUUGUAUUUCAGUUUGCCAGCAUCUCAGGGAUUCUUUAAUGCUUAUUGCUAUUUUGGAGAUUUCGACCUCAUCAAUGUAAUUUAGCUUUUGUCAUGGCCUGUGUGUUUCUCUUGAACUUCCCUCUUGCUUUAUAUUUGUUCUUAGCUGAAGCUUGCUUUUUCAGUAUUUCUUAUAUUACUGUUUCAAAACCUGGUGCCCAAGCAGCAACGCUACAGCUGGAAUCUCUGCAUUCAGCCUCUGCUCUGCAAAAGGAGCAAAGAUCUUGGCAGUGGGCUCCUACUUCUUGUGUCUCUGCCUGGCCCCAACAUCGAUGAGGGAGCCAAGGAGCUGCCAUGGCUCUGCCAGCUGGCCGUGGUCCCAAGGAGACAGCCCACCCGCUGCGAGGUCAGAGCUCUGCCCCAGCGACCCGGGCACAGAGCAGGAGCUGGUCCUGCUGGCUCUCCUCCAUGGGGACUCAUCAGGGCCAGGGCUGAAGCCACAGGAGGGCUGCAGUUCUCUGUCUCCUUUGUGCUGCUUGGGACACAGCAAAACAGUGAAUCCAGCUCUGGCUGUUCCCACUUUCGGUGAUGAGGUUUGUCCACAAACACUGGAGAAGAGGAAACAGCCUCUGUACCCAUAUUCAUUGCGGGCAAAGUGGAACAGGGGCUGAAUGCCAUGAUUUGUUUGAGGAACUAAUUGAUUGUGCAAACGGAGCCAGCAGUGGAUAGCUUUAUAUAGUGUAGUUCAGCACUCCUUUGUGUCCUUCCCUCCAUGCAUUGCUCUGCUGCAUGUGGAGGGCCUGAAACCCUCGUGCCUUGGGCUGCUGAGUUAAUGGCAGUGUUGUGAUGGCCAACUGAUGGCAGCCAGUCUGGGUUUGGGUGAUUAGUGUAACUCAUAACUGAACUUGCAAUUUGUUCAGUAUCCCUAAAAACUGCCCAGAUACGCCUUUAUAGCACCGUAUCUGCCAAAUAGCUGCUUUAAUAUGUGAAUGAGCUGCUUGAGACUUGUUUUCUUGUCUGCUCUCAGGAAGGCAGUGCUAACCUGUGCUUCUUGAUGGAAAGUAGUCAGUGAAGUGAGGCUGGCUUUGAGCCUCUGAGGCCAUGAAAUAUCUGCAAUUUGAGUACGUACAAGUCUGAUCCAUGACUGGAAAGUGUCUGUGUUGUGUUUCUUAAUCUGGUGAUACCUCUCGGCUCGCUCAUGGCUCACAUUGGUGACUAAUCUGACAAAAGACAAAAAAUGUGAUUAAAAAAAAUAAUAGAGCUGUCUUGGAACCUGCCCUGUUUGCUGCACCUCAGCCUCUCCAGUCACAUCUGCCUUUCAGAGUCCUCAAGGACUGACAGCCUCCCCCAAGUGCUGACAGCACUGGGCCAUCAGAUGAGAUUCCUUCCCAGCAUCAGCUGGUGGCACCUCUUGGUGACCUGAUCCCUGCUGGCCAUGAAGCCAGACAGCAAACUCCAAGCAUUGCCGUGAUUCAGUGAGCUGACACUGGGCUAAGGAUGUGUGAAAGGGACGGGAUGUCAAAGGACAGCUUCUGGUGGCCUAGCUGAUGCUUCUGCAUCUGAGUUAAAAGUGGCUGGAGAUUAAUGGAGAUUAUAGAAUCAUUAAAGUUGGAAAAGGCUACUAGGAUCACCAAGUUCAAACCCCAGGCCACCUCCACCAUGCCCACUCCUCACGUCCCUCAGUGCCACAUCUCCAUGGUUCUUGAACACCUCCAGGGACGGUGACCCUACCACCUCCCUGGGCAGCCUGUGCCAGUGCCUCACCACUCUUCCUGAGAAGAAUUUUUUCUAAUAUCCAACCUGAAUCGGGUAUCUUCAUGCUCUGUCAUGUCUAGGAUGGGUUAAUUAAAGUAAUUAUGUAACUGGCAGAGAGCUUUCCCUUCUUUCUCUUCGCUUUCUUAUAAGCGAACCUCAUGCUGAAAUUCUCUGCCUCUUCCCUGGUGAUGUUUCUCAUGUGACCUGGGGUGGCUCAAUCUGUUCUCCUGUGCCUAGUGGCAUGCCUCCAGUUAAGAAGGUGGUUGUCUUCUAGCAGACUUGGUUUAUAGAUGUGAGCACAGAAUUCCUGUAGGCCCUUAUCCCCAAUUCCCUGAAGCCUGCGCUGAAUGAGUGAGGAUUUAUGUAGCCACUGGUAUAGCACAGGCAUUUCUCACUUCUAGUCUUUAUUGGGCCACUUGCAGUCUUGGCCAAGUGAGUGGCUGCAUCCCAGGAGCUGUUAUGUAAGGAAGAAAUUCAAUGUUAAUUGUGUGCCUUGGCUUUGGGAUUCAUUCUGUCACUCUGGACACGAGAUGUAGUCUCAGAAGUUUCUCUGUUGCUUCUGUAAACGAAGAGAACCAGAACAACCAAACUUUAUUUUGCAGGCUUUGUGUUCUAGUGCCUUAUUCUGGAACAUGCAGUCUUUGGGAAACUUUCCCUUCCUUUUCCUCAUCUAGCACUUCUUCUGGAGGAGUUGCAGAGUGCAGUUAACACCCAAAAGUAUUGGAGCUGCUGAAGUCAGACAGAUGAAAACAGGAAAGUGUAAUGUUUCUCUUUGCUCUCCUCAUUCUGACGUCUGGAAUGGACAGACAGACGGCUGUGAUGCACUGUUGCCAGCAUGGCUGUAGAGGCUGGCUGGGGUGUGCUGAGCCGGAGAUGUCUGUGCAGCCCAUGUUCUCGCCUUAAUGGCUUUCCUCCCCCAUCCUCCUGCAACUGAAGUCAUUAAUGUUUGUUAAGCCAGGAUGGAAACAAACCCAAACAACAACAGUCUACAAAAUAAUUUGGUCACUCCAGACUGCUUUUUUUUUUUUCUCCUCCAGUGAAGCAAUUAGUCUCCUAUCAUCCCCUUUUUAGCCAGGCAGAAAACAAUGGGCUGGACAAUAGCAAUUUCCCCGGCAGGGCAGUCACCUGAUCUGCCUCAGUUAUGGGAAAGGUGAGCAGUGUUUCCUUGCGUCUGUCUGUCUGCUGGGACGAAUCUCUAGAGAAAUUCCUCACCUCUCUGUCUGCCUCGCUGAAAGUCUUGCAUUUGUGCACCCUCCUCGUGAGUCACAGCCUGGCUCCUCUGAGGGCCCUCUCUGCCGGUUGCUUUUCCUCUCGACCCACUGCAGGGUUAACACUUGUGUGGUUUGCACGUGUAUAUAGCCCAACCCACUCGCCGACUGAUGAUGUGGAUUGCGGGUGCUGGAAAAUUGUGAAGUAAUCGGUGGUUUAUACCAAUGACGAGCCCAUAUAGCACUCAUGUGGAGGAGGGGGGAGAUUUUUCCAGCCUUGCUCAUCUGAAUGGUACUUGAUCCUAGGAACGGCUCACCCUGUGUGAUGGGACAGCGCUGCAGAGCAGGGGACUACGCAAUACGAGUAAAUGCAUUGGAAUUCAACACCAUGAGCCUCAACGCAGCUUGGCCAGGGUGAUCUGGGAAGUCUCUGUGUUCCUGUAAUUGCUUGCAACACGAGUAACACAGAAUGGUGUCCUCUGCUUGGGUGAGGGCUGCGGCUGCGCCAUGUGCAGGGCUGGGGUUGGGUGUAGCUAUAGAGAAGCACUGGGUGCCCCUCCAUCACUUCACCAUUACCUGCCCAGCACUCCAAUGUCACCAAUGGGACAGGAAAGUAGUAGGAAAAGUAGUAGUAGCAGGAAAGUAGUGUCAUGCUCCUGGACAAGAGGCCAGAGCAAGAAGGCUUAUCCUUUGCUUAUAAAAGCAGCUCUGCUGGUAGCUUAGCAGCUAAACCUGAACACAUUCCUUUGAAGACUCAGGAAAAAGCAGAGCCCAAAUCCACGUUCUAUUUCAUUUCUGCCCAUGAAGUAAAAGCCACAGGCUUGCUCGUCAGAUGCCAGAAAAAGCUCCAGCUGCCCAGGGCAAUUGAGGACAAAGGAGCUCUGCUGGUAAAACCAGCAGCCGCCGCGUGUCUGAGUAACGCUUCAGUGGUGUCAGAGCUCCGGCGUCUGUGGUAUGAAAGCAGUGUGGGCAUCAGAGCUGUCGGGCUGUGGGGCACCUCCCCUUGAGAUAGAAAGAAGUGCUCUGUGAAUAAAUUUGCUGUACAGCCUCGUCCUUGGAUGCACAGCGGGAAGUAUUUCUGCCUGAUCCCUGAAGCUUGGAUUAGCUCUGGGGCAGAGCCUGCUGCGUCCAAACAUCAUACUGCGUGUCAGCUGCUCCCACUCUUGUGUCUGGGCAGAGCUGCUAUGGCAGCGUGCUUUGGUUGCUGUGGGGGAAUGAAAAGCUGUUGAUAAGGGUUUUCUUCUUGCUGGGCAUUUUCUGUUUUAAGUCAUUCCAGCCACGAUGAAGGUUGCUGCUUGUGCCAGGAGGGCCCGCAAGGGUCAGGGGGCAGAGCACUUGGUCAGGGUCAAGAACUUGGUCAGGAGGCAGAGCACCAGAUCCCAAGGCCAAGUUCUGUACAGUAGGGCUGGCUGUGGAGGGCGGGCAUGGGUGGGGAAAUGCAAAUAGUAGAUAAGAAGAGGAAGCAAGCUGGGUUUGCAUUCGUAUCUCAGUGGUGCUUCCCAAGUCACCGCAGGGACAACGUGAGGUGGAAAGUGAAAGUUGCCAUGUGUUUGAAAGUUGGUUCCCAAUGGAGAUGGAUGUAAUCUUGAUGUGAAAGUGGCUGCCGUAUCAUGGCGUGGAUGUUUUCCUUUUGUGGUCUAGCCCAAAGGAUGCCGCAGCACCAGC